AUGGAGCUGCAAACGUUGAGCGAAACGCACCAAUACCAUGGCAGAAGCCUAGAAGAAGCAGAAACAAGAGGUCUGUCUCCGCAGACAGGCGAAGGAAAUACAUCUGGUGUCUUCGACGCAGCGUCUACCACCCACCCCUCCCAGGGGCAAGAUUGCACUGCGUCUCCCCAAGACCAGAAAUCCAGCGACUACGUGCAGGGGCCCCUGGGAGAGCAUCCUUCACAACGGCAUCCACGAAUUCUACUGAAGGCUUCUGCGGACUGCGAAGGCACAGAGAGGCACUCAGUUUUUGGAUGGCCAAGUGAACUGAUGGACCCGACGCCGAACCCCACAAGCCAAGGAGGCGCUUCGACUGCUCCGAAAGCAACGAAACAGAGUCGCCAGUCUCCGAAAAGCAGCCAGUGUACAGCAGCAGGCAGCGAAGUGCGAGCCCUCGAAAGAAAUGGCAACGGUCCAGUAGAGCCUUGCCGGCUUGGGGAUUCCAAACAGCAGGUCGCAUCCAGCGCCUCAGAACAACCCAUUAGCCCUCUUGCGCAAAGCACUUGCUUCCUGGCCGCCCACGAACGUAGGAACGCGCCCAAGAGUUGCAGCACCUCCAGCGGCGAAAUGAGUUCCGCAGAGGAAGACUGCAAAGGACAGCCGAUCAGCAAGCCGCCGAAGGCGUGCCAGGCUUUUGUUGGGCAGCGCGUGCAGGGAAGGCCCAUCCUUAAGCGGAAGCAGAGAAGGUAUCUCUUUGUGCGGCGGUGUCUGCAUGCGCGCGGCCGGGCAAGAGAUGAUAAAGAGGAUUUUAAAGGCCCGUCAUCAGACAAGCCACAUGGGAGCCAGGAGGGAGAUCCCUGCAUUCGGGGACCCCUUGCAUCGAGCUUGCAUGCAAGGCAGCCAGCGCACAUCCCUUUGCAUGCCGAAAUCCAGGCAGCAGAUGCUCCUCCUUUCUCUGCAACGUUGAGGAAGCGCCAACCGCGGCAUCCUUCUUCGCUGCAGCACCCGGAGACAGCCAGGAGCUGCUCGGUAGAAACAGCGGUCGGUUCGUCAGAGUCAAAGACCCAUCAGGACGGACUGUGGACCGGAGGGGUAUGUGAUCUUCCCAAAGAGCCAGAGCGCGCAAGACCCGGCACAGAGGAAAGCCACAGGAAAGCGAAGAUGGAAGCCUCCAAGGAAGUGACAAAGGUCGAGCCCACAAUGUUGAUGCGCGACCCUUUGGAUGCUGCCGAAGGUGAAGCACCGGCUGAGGCGCACAGGGAAGAAGAAAAGUUCUUAGGGCGAGAGAUCCUCGAACAGUACCUCCGGCCAGAAGAGGCAGAGGAGUUCAUGAAACACACUGACCUCGCCGGACACGGAAAGAUCAAUGACUUGAUGUUCCAGAGGGCAGUUCUGCACAUUUACAGUCUCCGCAAACGUCUCGUGCGGGCGCUUAAGAGUCAAGCGAGCAUCGCGUCGACCGUGUUGCGAAUGAUGUCCCUUUUGCUUUGGUUUGUAACCAUGAUUGCACUUCUUCUUGUAAUGGGGAUCGAAAUGAACACCGUCGUCAUGUCUGGGGCCGCAUUCCUUUCGGCUAUCACAGUGUCACUCAGCUACAUCUACCAGCACUUUAUUACAGCUGUCAUUUUUGUGGCCUUCACAAAUCCAUAUAAUAUCGGGGAUCGUGUGCGAGUGGACGGGGGAGACAUUCUUUACGUCCGCCGUAUCCGCACGUACACCACAGAAUUCGAAAGCAUGCAUGGAAAGCCGAUGAUCUACAGCAACGCGACGCUUUUUACCCGCGUAAUAACCAAUGAAUCAAGGGCCAAGGUAUCUACUUUUGAGCUGACAGUCUCUGUCAGCGUAUACACUGCCCCUGUCCUUCUCAAAGCGCUGGAACAAGAGAUGAGAAGAUACGUCAAAUCACGUGCAAUGGAUUUUGUCAAGGACAGCUUCCGCAUCGUCAUCUACGAGGUCCACCCUGGGCACUGGAUGCAGAUGGGGAUUUGGCUUACGUGUGUGGACGGCUGGGGCAACUGGACGAAAGUUUUGAAGGUGCGUUCCGAGGUGUGCAUGUAUCUUGUGAAGAUUUUGACAAGGCUGCGUAUUUCCUUCCAUCUUCCUCAACAGCCAAUAGCCUUCACUAAAGAGCCCAUGAGCUUCCCAGGUAGCAGCAUCAAGCACCACCUGGCAGCAGGAUAG